GUGUUCAAAAUCAACGCGGUAAUGCAAGUGGUAAUGGCGGAGAAUUUGCAGCAGCUAUUCUCGCUUUGCCCAUGCGGCAUUCCCUGCAUAUGCUUGUUUUAUGGACGAUUCACAUCAACAACCUCUCGACUGGCAUUCACCUGCUCCUUCCCUUUUCUACAUCAUGAUAAAGAAAGCUUCUCUUUGCAGGCAGGGGCACCCGUGAGGUGUCAAGGAUCGGUUAUGGUCUCCGGCUUUAUGACCUCGAUUCCUCUGAACCCACAGAUCUCCUCACAUUUGAGCAUACUCUUUCAAAACAUGGAUAUUGCCCAACCUGACGACGAAGAGAACCAAAACCAUACAACUCCACAUUUCACAUGGCGCGCCGUCCUAGCUGGACUCAUAAUUGGUUUUUUCAUCAAUCUUUCCAACACUUAUUAUGGCCUGCGAAUCGGUGCCGCCAGCCAGAUGUCGAUCGUUUCGGCGCUCCUCGGUUUCGUCACUUUUCAAUUCCUACAGCGUUAUCUUCGAAUUUCUCUUAACCCCUCAGAAAAUUCCCUGCUUCUCAGUGUCUCCACAUCCGUAGGGUGCAUGCCCGUCGCAGCUGGCUUCAUCAACGUCAUUCCGGCGCUAGAGUUUCUGCUCAGCUCAGAAGAGAAGGGACCACUUCUACUAAGCGCCAAAAGUCUCAUUGUGUGGUCUACUGGGCUUUGCUUCUUUGGUCUCCUAUUUGCUGCCGUAUUUCGCAACCAUUUUGUCGUGCAAGAAAAAUUGCCGUGGCCUGGGGCAAAACGUGCAGCCAAUCUCAUCAACUCACUUUAUCACCAGAAUCCGCAGCCGAGCAUGGGCCACCAGAGCGCCAGAGAUGAGGCAAAUAGACAGCCCGACAACGAAGAAGACACAGAUCACAGCAGUUUUGUUAGAGGGGAGCAAGCACUUCUCACUCCCCAACCCACUAUCGAUGGGUUUCGGUGGGAUCGUGGCAUGCAAAGCCUCUUCCGAGGAACUCUCCUUUCCUGGGGCCUUGGUAUGAUUGUUUACUUUGUUCCAGUCUUGCGCGAGAUCCCAGUCUUUGGGCGCACUGCGUCCAAGAACUGGUUGUGGUCUGUUGAUCUCUCUCCGGGAUUCUUUGGCCAGGGCAUGAUGACAGGUCCUACCGUUCCGCUACAUACGAUGAUGGGUGCCGUUGCUGGCUGGGGAACUUUGUCACCGUAUGCAAAGAAACAAGGUUGGGCCCCGGGCAAUGUUGAUGACUGGGAAAACGGAGCAAGGGGCUGGAUAAUCUGGGUCGCUCUGGCCUCGCUACUUGCUGACGCAUUCGUCAAACUCGGGUGGUUUACCUGGCGGGAAGUUGUCCUUUUUAGCGACGACACAGCAAUUAUGUACGGAGAAAACGAAGAUGAGAUCAACACCGGCCAUGAUUACCCAUCAUCGAUGAUCGGAAGAAGACGGUUGAUCUUCUACUUCUUGGUGUCGGCUAUAAUCUGUGCAGCAAGUGUGCAUGUUACUUUUGGCUCUGUCGUGCCAUGGUACUACACUGGUUUGGCUCUCACUUUGGCCCUUCCUACAGCGGUAGUCGGGAUCAGGUCUAUCGCAGAAACUGACCACAACCCCGAAUGCGCUUUAGGUAUGUUCUUCAAUGAGCACGUUUUGGCGAAGUGCUUAUACCUACUAGUAUCACACCUUGUAUUUGGGACAUUUCUAUCCUCUUCGAAUCCUAACGCAAUCCUCAUCGACCUCUUCUCUGCAGCAGUCUCACAGGCUGGUGCAAGCCAGUCAGGAGACAUCUCCCAUAACUUCAGGAUUGGACAGCUUGUUGGAUCAAGCCCAAAAGUUCAGCUUCAUGGACACAUAAUUGGGUCAAUUCUUGGCGCGCUCGUCUCGUGUGGUGCCUACAGACUGUACGUGUCGCAACAUUCGAUUCCAGGGCCCCUAUUCAGAAUCCCUGCUGCAUUUCUAUUCAUAAACACGGCAAGAGUGGCGAUAGGCCAUGGUCUUCCAGAAGGUGUCGCCCCAUUCGCAAUAGGGGCAGCACUGUUCUCUGGCAUGAGCACCAUCGUCAAGAUGAGAUAUGCAAAUCGGUGGUGGCAGACGUUUAUUCCCACGGGUGUUUCCUUUGCAAUCGGGAUUUACAACACGCCAUCCUUCACGAUCACCCGCAUAGUGGGGGCUGUGUUCUACUGGGCAUGUGCAAAUUUCGGGCGUGAAAAGGGAAGGAAGAACAAUGAUUUGCUCGUGCUCGCCAGUGGGCUUGUUUUGGGCGAGUCCGUCGCGAGCCUCACAGGUCUUGUUUCUACGAUGAUGUUUAAAAGGUUUGGUGGGCACUAA